AUGUACGUAUCCCCGAAUAGUUUGAAAUUAGCAAGUCCUGAAACAAAUUAUUUAGCUAUUAAAAACCGAAGCAGUAGUGAAACGGAAAAUGUAUGGAAAUACUGGAACAAAGCAAGUUCUUUGCUAACCAAUUUCGUUAGCGACCAUCAGAAAGAAGUGAACUCAGUUAAAAACACUUUAAAAAAGGGAAAAGAGCUCGGAGUCAAUUUUUAUGAGCAAGCGAAAGAGAGUUUGGAUGCGCUCAAGGAGGCUGUUGAACCUUUUACAGAAGCUUUAUUUAACGAACCAGAACUUGAUUUUAUAAUUGCCAAAGCUGAUGAAGUUGGAAUUAAAGCUAUUCAGAGUGCACUUUCGGUGGUUUUUCCAGCUUCCGACUGCUUUGUUUACGAAAAAAAAAUUGAUCAGCAUGUUGCGCAUCAACCCGUUGGUUUUACUGCAGCCCGUCAGAGCGUUUUUGAAUGCACCAAAGCUGUUAUAAAUUCAAAAGAAAAUCUUAAUAAUCCUAUACUAAGCAUUCAGCCAUUCUUAGUAGAGAUUGAAGAUGAAUGGUUCCUUAUGAACUGCGUUGCGUUACGAGAUGUAACUUUAGAGAUUCAAUUAUUGACCUACAGCCAAACAAUGCGUAUUCCUACAAAAUACGUUGAAGCUGCAAGAGAAGCAACUCCGGUUGGUUAUCGUUUUGAAAGUUCAGGAUUUAUGAUUUCUGCGAUUGAUUAUAUGAAAGAAGAUCUUUUUUUUAAUUCUGAAGAUUGGUAUAUUUAUAAAACGGACAGAUUUGCUUCAACUUUGAGGAUUUUAGAAUCGUGUGUAAUAGCCGUUCUUGGAGAGUAUGCUAUGGAGAGGAAGAUUCGAAAAAAUUUGGAAAUUCCUACUAAUAAAUAAUUUAAAAACUU